AUCCAGCUGCAGCCGGGCGGAGAGGCACGCCCACCCGACGGGCAGGCCGCUCACACCGCGAGGGUCCUGGGUUAGAGUCCCGCUGACCCGUGACGCCGCCCCUCGGAUGGCCGGGGCGGUUACGCAACCCCUGCCCUAUAAAUAGGGUGACUCCCGGCUCCCGGCAGCCGGUCAGCCAGCCUCCAGGGAGCCUCUCCGCGCGCACGGGGCAUCCCGGCCGCCCGCCCGCCAGCGCCAUGAGGGUGCCCUGCUUUCUGCUGCUGACGCUCUGCCUGCUCUUCGCCCACCUGGCCCCAGGUGUUGGCUAUCUUACUGGCCUUGGCCAGCGGUCUGACCACUACAUAUGUGCCCGGAAAGGAGGGACCUGCAACUUCUCCCCUUGCCCGCUCUUCACCAGGAUCGAAGGCACUUGCUACAGUGGAAAAGCCAAGUGCUGCCUCCGUUGACUCUGAGCUGGAAGUGAUAGCAGCGAGAAUGUAAAAGCCGAGCGAAGCAUGUAUAAUUGUUACUUUAAUAAAAGACUUUUUCCUAAGCAUA